ACUCCAGAGUGCACCAGAGUGAUCAAAGUCAGUCGGAUCGUGUGCGGUAGAUAACUCAAAACGAAUUAAAUAAAGCAGGGGAUGGGUGUCAUUUAAUCUUCUCCUAUUGAGUUUAACUCGUGUCUCUUAUCGUACGAGAUCUUGUACCGAGAACUCACCUUUCUAUUUUCGUUAUUUUCGCACCGUAAUCUAAAAAUCGAAUAAAAAUGCCUGUCUUCCAUACCAAGACUAUCGAGAGUAUUCUCGAGCCAGUGGCUCAGCAGGUAUCAAGACUUGUUAUCUUACAUGAAGAAGCCGAAGAUGGAAAUGCAAUGCCAGAUUUGGGAAGGCCUGUACAAGCUGUUAGCAUGGCUGUAACUAAUCUUGUGAAAGUUGGAAAAGAAACUAUAAACUCAUCUGAUGAUGCUUUACUUAAACAAGACAUGCCAGCAGCAUUGCAACGUGUUGAAGGUGCUUCCCGUCUUCUGGAGGAAGCAUCGGCAAUGUUAAAGGAAGAUCCGUAUUCUGGACCUGCUAGAAAAAAGCUUAUAGAAGGCUCACGCGGUAUUUUGCAAGGCACAAGUUCCUUACUUCUCUGCUUUGAUGAAAGUGAAGUACGAAAAAUUAUACGAGAAUGCAAACGUGUAUUAGAUUAUUUGGCUGUCACCGAAGUUAUUGAAACAAUGGAAGAUCUAGUACAUUUUCUUAAGAAUUUAAGUCCGUGCCUCAGCAAAGUGUCAAGAGAAGUGAGCGCUCGUGAAAAGGAGUUAACACAUCAAGUACAUCGGGAGAUAUUGGUGCGCUGCUUAGAGCAAGUGAAAACACUCGCACCAAUUCUAAUUUGUUCUAUGAAGAUCUUUAUCCAUAUCAUUUCACAAGGUGGGAAAGGUGCGGACGAAGCAGCAGAAAAUCGUAAUUAUUUGUCUGGAAGAAUGUCUGAUGAAUUGAAUGAAAUUAUUCGGGUAUUGCAAUUAACAACGUAUGACGAAGAAGAAUGGGAUGCUGAUCAAUUAACUGUAUUGAAGAAGGCUCAAAGCGCUAUAGAAUCCAGGAUACGGGCGGCUUACGAUUGGUUAGAUGAUGGAUUGGCUCUAAGAGGUGGAGUAGGUGAAAAAAGUCUUCGUCAAAUAAUAGAACAGGCGUCGCGUUUGGCGGAACAUUAUCUAUCUCCGUCGCAGGCAGAACCUAUAUCUAAAUUGGCAUCACAAAUUGUCACUAUGACUGAUGCUCUUUGCGAAUUACGCCAAAAUGAGAAAGGCACUACACCCCAAGCGGAAGCCUUAGCACGCAGUAUUAAAGAGAAAUUGAAUGAGCUUCGCGGUUUGAUAGCAUCUGCUUUGAUAGCAGCGGAUAAAUCGGGAACUGCGCAAACAGCGCACACAGUGGCAGGUCGAUUAGAACAAGCGAAUAAAUGGCUUCUGAAUCCACAACACGAUGACAAGGGACUCGGUAAAAGGGCUAUAGCUUUAAUAAUACACGAGGGAAAGAAGGUGGCCGAAGGCUUGCCAGGUAUACACAAAGCAGAGAUUUUGCAAUUAUGCGAUGAAGUAGACAACUUAUCUCAUCAACUCGCUGACCUCUGCGCCCAUGGCCAAGGCAACACUCCACAUGCUCAGGAUAUUGCACGGCAGCUAUCCCACAAACUUUACGAGUUGAAGAACAGGAUACAACAAGCCGUUGUAUCUCGCGUCGUUGAGGACUUUAUUGACAUCACUACACCUUUAAAACAAUUCACAGAUGCUGUUUUAACUCCCGCAGGCACACCGGGACGUGAACAAAAUUUUAAUGACAAAACGUGUGCACUGCAGACGUUCUCGAAUAGAGCGGCAAAGACUGCAAGGAUGGUCGCAGCUGGCGGAAGUGGAGGAAAUAAGAAAUUGGCCGAAGCUCUAUCUGCUAGUGCCUCACAAGUGGAAUCCUUGACACCACAAUUGAUCAAUGCCGGACGGAUUCGCAUGACUUAUCCGGACAGCAAAGCCGCGGAUGAGCAUUUCGAAAAUUUGCGACAACAAUAUGCCGAAAUUAUGCAACGGGCACGAGCAUUGUGCGAUGAAGCGACCAAUAGCGGCGAUUUUAUCAAAAUUUCAGAGGAACAGAUGCAGAAGCAUUCAUUCCUUUGCGAAGAAGCGAUUGCUAAGGCCCUACCACAGAAGAUGGUUGAUAAUACAGCAUCUAUCGCACGUCUUGCAAAUCGAGUUAUACUCGUGGCAAAACAGGAAAGUGACAACAGCGAGGAUCCUGCCUUUAUACAAAGAGUAAAUCACGCUACCGAUGUUCUUCAAAGCAGCGUUGCUCCAAUGGUCCAAGAUGCAAAACUGGUAGCAAUGAACAUCCAUGACAACACUGCCGUAUCACACUGGAGAGAAAAUAAUCGUGCAUUGUUAGCCAAUGUUGGACAAGUUCGGAAAGCUAUUGUAAUCCAGCCAGAUUUGGUGCCGCCUCUAGAAAUGUCACAGUUACAUAUUAAUGACGAUCAAAUUCCAAUCCGAUAUACUUAUUCCAAAAAUAAAGUAGAGAACCCCAAUAUUUUGUGUCAAGAAUUGGCUUCCGACGAGUUAGACAAAUCGAUUCAUGACGGAGUUUAUUACGAUUAUAAUAUCGACGACGAAGUGGCACCUCCUCGUCCACCUUUGCCUGGAAGCAAUAUCCCACCUCCGAGACCGCCUCCUCCUGAGACAGACGAUGAAGAAGAAAUGUUUAUGCAUGCACCUCAACCCAAUCAACCAAUAAUGAUGGCCGCUCAUGGUUUACAUCAAGAAGUACGGCAAUGGUCCAGCAAAGACAACGAAAUUAUUGCCGCAGCAAAGAAGAUGGCUAUUUUAAUGGGGAGAUUAUCGGGACUAGUUAGAGGUGAAGGUGGUAAUAAACGAGAUCUUAUCGCAUGUGCCAAAGCUAUCGCAGAAGCUUCUCAGGAAGUUACACGUCUCGCAAAGGAACUAGCCAGGGAAUGUACCGAUAAACGUAUUCGAACGAAUCUUCUUCAAGUUUGUGAACGUAUACCUACUAUUGGAACACAAUUGAAAAUAUUGUCUACAGUAAAAGCCACUAUGCUUGGAGCACAAGAGACACUUCCAACCUGGGAAGAGCUGAUGCUUUAUGGUACGGAAGAAGAUCAAGAAGCAACGGACAUGCUUGUCGGAAAUGCUCAGAAUCUCAUGCAAAGCGUGAAAGAGACAGUACGUGCAGCGGAAUGUGCUAGCAUAAAAAUUCGUACAGCUUCCGGUAUGAAAUUGCGCUGGGUACGUCGUCAGCCAUGGUAUCAAUAUUAAAUAAUAUAAAAAAAAUAAAAUCUUUCAAGAAAAGAGCAUGCAAGAUUUUGCUUAGUGUUUAUACACACAACAUACUCAUAUGUAUACGUAUGUGUGUGUGUGUGUGUAUGUCUCUAUGUUGUAAGUACUAAUUAUGUGCUAUAUAUUAUGUUUAACAGAUUUUGAAAUUAAUUUAUUUGUUCUGUUAGUUUGUUUUUGCUCGUUCAAUAUAUAUAAGAUCAGAUUUUUUAAUGAAAAUGUUUUAAAAAGAAAUAAUAUGUAUAGUCACAUAAUACGCAAAUUCUAAAACGUACAGGCCUUUAUAAAUAAAUAA